UACAAUUUUGUUGUCUGGUGUUGAGGCUUAACUGCGAUUACAGAAACUCAUUUCUUUUCUAUAAAUUAUUGAUAGUUGCCUACUGAGCAGUUAAUCGUAGUCAUGAUGCAUAAGUCAAUGUUCGUAGUACUUUCGCUGGCACUGAUUGCUUCUGUUUCAGGAAGCCCAAAUCAGGAUGCAUUUCAAACGAACGUCCUGCUCGGUAUCCAGAGGAGUUUGCUGGCAUUCGAAAGAAUAUGUUUGACAACGACCGGAACAGGCAAGGCUUACAAAUGGCUUCAAAACUCACUGACAACGAGCAUCGACUGUAUUGGGGAAGAUGCGCGCUCGAGUAUGUCGGUGGAUGACCUUUGCCGAGAUAGUAACUCGACAGGUUCCUGCCUCGAUCCGGUUAUUGAUGCUUUUGCCCAAUGCUGGCCGCGAGAUGCGAAGACGAAUGCCUUCGUUCUGAGGAAAACCCGAGACAAUAUCGUUGAAAUGAUUUGCUCCGGGGAACUCGUCAAAGGCGAAGAUACCGAUGCUGCCAAGAAAAUGGAAUGCAGCGCCACUGUGCGCAAAGGUUUGGUCCAAUGUAAAGUUCCGAUUUUGUUCUCGGAUUUGACUGCCCAGGAAUGUAGAGACAUGGAAGUAGGGCAAACAUGUUUGCAAAACCUGCUCGCUACCUGUGAGGGCGUAAAUUUGAGUAAAAUCAUCAACCUUCUGUUGUUCAACAUCCGUACGGCCAACAAUUGUGAUCAGUCGUCCGGAGGAGAGCUGGCGGAAAAUGAGAUUUAAAUUAUAGCUUAGUGUUGAGAAGAAUACUCAAUGAGGUGAACGAAAUUUCAAACAAAUCAAAUAAAUACGAAGGAAGGUCAAAAUCUUUAA